CAAUUGAUUUUCUCAGAUUCAAAACUUGCAUGCUAGUAAAGCCCCAAGCUUCACUUCAUUGCGACUUCUGCGAAUCCCCAACGCAAAGCCAAUUUCGCCAAGUUUUGCUGCUUGUACGUGGUUCAGGACGUACAGUCCCAAGUGCGCAGCACUAUGGGUGGUCAACGACAGGUCAUCCCCGGCAGGGUGUAUCAGACAGUAACGACGUUAAUGAACCAUCGCAUCUUCCCGAAUGUCAAGGUCCAGCAACCAGUAUGGUACAAAGUGGUCGAGUCGAUACCGCCCUCCGAGACACUCGUAAGACCGAUACCCCCUCAACACAAAACCCCCAAUCCGAAGACGAGGAGGCCGAGCAGAUUGUUCCAGCCGCAAGAGUUGGUAUAUGAAGAAGACGAGCUGCGGAGCACAUUCUAUCAGGACCACCCUUGGGAACUGGCGAGGCCGCGCAUGAUUAUUGAGAUGGAUGGAAAAGAUUUGCAAAGAUAUGACUGGUCCAAGGGUUUGAUACAGCCAGGCAUGCCGCUAUGCGGCGAGUCUGUCGUUCAACGUCAGUUAUGGGUGAUGCACAAUGUGCCGGGCAUGACGAAAGAAAAGGCAUAUGACGCAGUACGACGAGAGUUCUAUGCGCUACGACAGGAGGAGGAGAUCGAGCGGAGGAUAGCCAAGGAAGAGGCUCAAAUGACGGGCGCUUAUUUUGGCAAGUCCUUCUUACAAGUUGGUAUGGACCUCGAAGACGUGCAGUACGAGAAAUGGAAGAAAUGGGCCCGCAAACAGAUCGACUCUAUCCAAGUGGAGCAGAGCCAGGCUUACACCAGCUUCGGAAAUGAAGAGGAAGAAGCUGAGAAAAUCGAUCUGGACGAAGUCACCGCCGAAGAGCCAGUCGCAGAAGUUACCAAAUGAAAAUAGGUUCGAUAGCGAUAUCCUAUAUAUGCGAUGUAACACAACUGUACAAAUC